AUCCCUCUUUAGAUUCCCCCGCUCUGAUACUUAUAAAUUAGGAUGCAACACACAUCCAGCGCCAGUAUUCCGUUCGAGGCAUCAUCCGAGUAAAAAUCUUGAGAACUGAGUGAUCGUUCCCUAUCAAAAACGUAACCAGUAGUUGAUGACUUUGUUAGAGUAUCCCGAAGAGAUCUGCAUGAGGUUUAGCGCAAUCCAGCCGCCUAAAGCACGGAAAAGAAGGCUUCCUGAAUACAGGAAAACAGUUUACACGGAAAGAAGAUUUACGCGUAAGGAAAUCGCGGAGCUGCUUUUCGAGAAUUGCGCUGGUUGCGAGAGAAUGGCUGCUAUUCCACAAGCAGCUUUUGCUGCUUGCAAGAUUCGCCAAAGUCGCGAGCGCAACUUCAUCUCAUCCAAGAUGGCGGCAAAUGAGAGCAGCGGUUCUGAUAAGGGAAACGGGUUUAACUGCAAACCUUCUAACGAAGGCAUGGAGCUGACCCCUUUGAAAUAUAACAGCAAGUUAAUGAACAGCAUCUGGGGAUUGUACAAUCGUUAUUCGGUACAUAACUUCAAGAAAAAUACCGACGCCAAUGAUGGGGAUUCUGCGGCGGCCUGGGGGGUUUUCUUCACUUCAAGAGACCCCAAAACUAUGAAGGAGGAAACUCCGAUCGUAGCGACGGCCGCCGUAAAAACGUCACGUGUUCUAACCACCGGAAAUCCUAUGUAAAUCCUAAAUGCCCCACGGCACAUAAGAUUUUAUGGUGGAAGUCACGUAAAAAUACGAUAAACUUGAAUUUCUAACAAAGUCAGAAUGUCUAAUGUUUGUAUGAAAAGAAGAAAUUCAAAGUAUAUUUAAUAUAUUCAUA